UAGUAUCCUCUGAUACUUUCGAAGCGAAGCCCAGUAAAGCUUCAUCGAGGUUUCCAAGUUCCGAGUUCGCCGCACGCAACGAGUUUACCGGUGUAUACCUCGCAGUUCAUUCGAGUCUUCGAGUGCACAGCCGCGACUACGCUUUAAAACCGGUUCAGUGCCACCAGUCGAGUAUCCACACACACGUACAUCGAGUAAAGAUGGCCGCCACCACGAUGAACCACGUGUUCGACUACGAGAACGAGCUGAACGACAAUCUCUACAACCUGAAGAUGUCGGGGAAGAGCAAGGCGAACAGCAAGCGAUUGAGAAGCGUGCUGAAGCCGAUUCUCCGAUUGCUGAAGAAGAAGACCAGCAAGAAAUACGGCAAGGGUCAGAAAGCGGUGCCGCAGGCGGAGGUCUUCACCGAGGAGGUCGACAACCAGAACAACGCCAACGAGGCAUUGGAGAGGAGGCUCCUGGCCGAGCUUCAGGACGCCGAGGAAGGAGCUGCCAUCACCGUCUGCCUCGAUGGACAGAUGACAGUCGUUCCGGUUGUACCUGGUCAGUGCUACGUGCCCGUCCACUUCGCGCACACCCACGCCGGUGACUUCUACUGGACCACCCUGAGCAUGGCCGACAGUGACCUGUGCUACAAGGAACGCGCCUUCUCGCAGUAUCAAACGCCCGAGAUGCAAGUCGCGUAAGACGUAGAACGAGAUCAUCGAUGGACCACAACUACCUCAUGCUUCGAGACGUUUGAUCUCAAGGAGUCUUCGUCGUGCCUCGAAGUGACGCGAAGAUACGACGAGGAAACGAAACAUUAAAAAGCGAACGAAUUGGUCCCGACGACACGGUUCUGACACCCUAUCAGAGAGACUGCUUAUAGAUAAGGUUUUAUCGAUACUGUGAUAACUAGAUUGUAAUUGUCUAACUGAUCGUUGCUCAUUUAGAACGAGAUCGUAAAGUGUUGAGUCCUGACUCGAGAAUCAGUUAGAGCGAAAAAUACUCUAUUUUUUUUUUGUACUUUUUUUUUAAUUGUAAGGAAAUAAUCGCAAUUGUGAUAUUUGUACCUACCUACUAGGUUAACAUUUUACUAAUGUACACAUUGUGAUAUCGGCUUUAAUA